AAGUGCGACAUGGCUCAUUGGUUUACUAACUUAAGUAACGAUUCUCUCUUUGGUACAUGAAUCUUUAUUUAAAUCCGGCAAUGGUGUAAACAGAAACGGAAGCAGGCCAUUUAAUCGCUAUCACCGCGAUGUACGCAUUAAGUGUUAAGCUCUAACAUAUAUUGCCAAUCAUAUUUGUUGUAGUAUGGGUGUGGAUAAAUAUUGUUAAAGUUGAACAGUUAUUAGAUUAUUACAUUUAGGAAAUUAAUGCUGAACGAUUAUGGAUGUUAGAUCGAUUAUUGCUGUUUUCGGUUUAUUUUGUCUCGUGGAUUCACAAAGCGACGAAGCUGGAUGCAACCAGAAACGUUAUUGCAACGACUGCAUCAACUUUCAUCCGGAUUGCGCAUGGUGUAACGACAAGGAGUUUGCAAAGGCGAGAUGCAGUGUGAAUCGUACCCUUAAGGAUGAUGGAUGUCGAGAAAUCAAAAAUCCCAAUAAUACUGAAUUUAAGACAAAGAAUGAUGGUUUAAAGGACGGUUCUUUUGAAUACGACCCGAUACAGCUGACACCGCAGGCAAUAAAGCUCACUCUUCGCAAAGGCAAAACCCAUUCGCUCCUGAUGACUUACCGUGUGGCCAAAAACCUGCCAAUCGACAUAUACUUUGUCAUGGAUGCGAGCUACACCAUGGCAACCAGAAUAAAGGACGUUGCAGACCGCAUAGGGGACCUAAUCGACGGCUUGAAGAAGUCCUUCACGGAGAAUAUUGAGAUUGGUUUCGGAGUUUUUAUCGACAAGCCUGUGCAGCCAUUCACCAUCACCACACCAAGAGUGCUUGAGAACCCGUGCCUUAUACAAAGUACCGUGUGCGAACCCACAUAUGGGUUCAUACAUCGACAGCGUCUGAACAACAACACGAGCGAGUUUAUUGACACCAUUCGAAACACUAGCACUUCCUCCAACUUCGACCCCAUGGAGGGAGGUCUCGACGCUGUCAUGCAGGCUGCAGUUUGCCCGCAAAUCGUCGGUUGGCGUAACAGGUCCCGCCGCGUGCUGGUCUAUAUCUCGGACGCUGGGUUCCAUUUCGCAGGAGACGGAAAGCUCGGAGGAAUCGACCUUCCCAAUGAUGCAACGUGUCAUAUGGUACCCAACGUUAGGGCCCAACGCGCGAUCAUAGGGGAAUAUAUCUACAGCCAUUCCAAAAUACUGGACUACCCGUCCUACGGUAUGCUGGCCAAAGCUUUAAAGGACAACAACAUCAACGCCUUUUUCCUGGUGGACAAGUCACACGUUCAUCUGUAUCAAGGUCUGACGGAUAUGAUCGAUCAAUCGAAAACGAUGCGCAUGGACGCUACCGGCUCUCAGGGCGUCGUCAAGCAAAUAAAUGAUUACUAUAAGGAGCUAUCGGAGAGGGUGAAGAUAACAGGCGUGAAUCUGCCCCCAGAGCUUCACAUCACUGUUGCGACAAACUGCUCAGUUUCUACGAUCGUCAACACAUACAAAUUGCCAACCGACACAAAAGAUAUGUGCACUAACCUAGUUGUGGGAAAAGAGGUGAUUUUCAACGUGAGCGUGACGCUGACGGAAUGUCCAAAGGAGGACGUCAAUCGAACGUUCAAACUGGUUCCGUCCGGUCUGCAAGAGCAUCUGGAGAUCGAGGUGGACUACUCGUGCGACUGCGAUUGCGAGAAGUCCGCGGAACUGGAUGAUAAGUGCAGUAACAAGAACGGUACCUACGAGUGCGGAAUGUGUCGGUGCAAACCGGGGCGGUACGGGGAGUUCUGUCAGUGCAGUCGCGCCGAGGGAGACACAACGGAAGUCAUGGAGGGGAAAUGUAUCAAAGACAACCGGACAAAGAAGAUCUGUGAGGACCUAGGCACGUGCGAGUGCGGCGUAUGCAAAUGUCAGCCCAACUACGAGGGGACGUACUGCGAAUGCAACAACAACCCCUGCAUCAACAGAACCAGCGGCGAGAAGUGCAGUAAUCGCGGGACAUGCGUGUGCGGCCAGUGUCGAGACUGCAAGGACGAUUACUACGGCAAACUGUGCGAGUGCCCGCCGGAACAAAACUGCAUAAACGCGGAAAACGGGCUGACGUGCAGCGGCCACGGGAAGUGCGAAUGUGGCGCAUGCGUAUGCGAGCGGAACUACGAAGGUCCCACGUGCAACUUAUGUCCGAAAUGUGACCGCUGCCGGAAGUGCGGGUACAGAGAAUGUGUACAAUGUCUGGACCAGAAAGGCAGCUCCGCUCUUAACUCCAGCACGGCAUGUCCGGUGUGCGAAGCUCUCAAAAUUAAUCGGGUGGACCGAUUCUCUGACAUCGAGCCAUGUGGGUACAUAGAUGCAGAAAAGUGCGAGACGCACUAUGUGGUUGACUGUGUCAACAACGACGUGUUCCUGAACAUCACAAAAGGAAAAAUCUGCUCGCUGCCCCCUGACCCCUUGCUGAUCGCACUGCCACUUCUCGGGGGCAUCCUGGGGGUGGGUAUAUUGCUGCUCAUCAUCUGGAAGAUUCUUACUUUCUUCUACGAUCGCAUCGAGUAUGCUCGCCUAGAGCACGAGAUACAGAACGCCAAGUGGAGCAACACGGAAAACCCAAUUUAUUUGAAUCCGGUCACUAAAAUCGAAAAUCCAUGCUACACAGGCGAUAAGGACUGAGUGGCAGAAGCCGAAACAACAAUAUCUUGUACACUGGCUACAUUCCAUAUACCUCUGCAGUGACUUGGUAGACAAGAAGAUGUCAAAAUGAUAUUUAUAAACAAUAUUAAUUUUGUCCGAAUGCCAUUAAUUGUGUUUUAUUCUUUAUCUCUAUGUCAUGGGUGAAAAUUAACGUACAUUUGUCUUUAACCCCCCACAGAGAUAUAUGUUGAAACUAAAAGACACUUCUUUUGAGAGAAAAACAGAAUACCAGAUAAUCGCUUGGCACGAAAACUUGAAAUGGUCAAGACUUUCUAAGUUUAGCCACACAGACUUACUCUAUACUUAUCACUAAGCUGGUAUUCUCAAUAACCCUUAUAAUUAUUUGUGUUGUUAGGUAUAACUAUUUUGAAAUACGUAUGAUGUAUAGUUCUAAGGGACAGACCAUUGUGCAGUUCUGUCUCAUAUUGAAAAACAUUUUAUAUUAAAGACAAUAAUUCUUUUCUACUGACAUCAACGUAACUGUUAUAUGUGUGUAAAACUCUUUUCAAAAUA